AUGAAGAGGUACAUUCAACUAUCUUUGCUCGUUUUAAUUUUUGCUAUAACUUAUUAUUUCACGAGGAGUUAUUUUGCUGGAUGCGUAUGUACAAGCCAAAUGAGACUUGAUGGUAAGACUGUCAUUGUAACUGGUGCCAACACUGGUAUUGGGAAAGAAACUGCAUUGGAUUUAGCCGGGAGGGGAGCUAGGGUGAUCAUGGCUUGUCGUAAUCUACGUAAAGCUCAAGUUGCUUUGCAGGAAAUCGUAGAAAAAUCCCGCAACAGCAAGAUUGUAGUGAAGCAUUUGGAUCUUGCGUCUUUGAAGUCAAUCCGGGAUUUUGCAGACGACAUAAACCGCAACGAACCUCAACUUGAUGUUUUAAUCAACAAUGCAGGAGUGGCUUAUUUGCCUCAGUUGACAAAAACACAGGACAACUUUGAAAUGGCGAUGGGUGUUAACCACUUAGGACAUUUCCUGCUUACAAAUUUACUGCUUGAUUUGCUUAGAAAAUCUGCACCAUCACGGAUUGUUGUUGUCUCCUUAUCAGGCUAUAAGUUGCUGACAAAUGAAUUCAAUUUGGAAAAUAUUCACAGUGAACAAUAUUACGAUAAAAUGGAUGCGUAUGGUCAAAGUAAACUGGCCAAUAUUUUAUUUAGUAAAGAGUUGGCAAAGCGUCUGCAAGGGUCGGGUGUAACAGUGAACUCGCUACAUCCGGGAAUGAUUCCUGAAGCAGAAAUAACGCGACAUAUGCCAUAUAUUGUUCAGAUGGCAGUGAGAUAUCUAGCAAGUCCAUUUCUUAAAACUGCAAAACAAGGAGCACAGACAACUAUUCAUUUAGCAGUUUCCAAGGACGUUGAAGGUGUUAGUGGGUUAUAUUUUAUGGACUGCAUGAUAACCGAGCCCACCAAGGCGGCCCAAGAUGAGCAGAUGGCAAGGGAAUUGUGGGACAUAAGCAGAAACCUUGUCGGACUGAAUACGACCAUCUAG